CGCUUCAGUUCUCAGCUGAUCUUGUUGCAGCGGCCCCGUGAUUGUCUGGUUGGUCCGUGAUCGACGGUGUGCGUGUUGUGUUAGUUAAUUUUUUGUUUCUUAGGCGUGAGAAAAUUUCCCCACCGUCUCUGGAAAUUCCAAUGUGUGUGGUUGUUGUGGUGGCUAUUGGCGCGGGAAACCUGCAUUUUGAAAAAAAUACAAAGGAAUGUUCAAGGUCUUCAGAGGAAUCUUGCCAUAAACAGAACGCGCGUGAGCUUAGCUGUCUCCCCUUGAUGGAGUUUCAGCUGGAUAGCAGCGAGUACUGCCAGGCCCAACACAAAUAAGCGGCGCGACCCCGAGCCCGGCCCCAGGGUCCGAUCAGGAGCCAAGCUGCAGCCCCGACGAUCCGCUCCCCCCUAGGCUUUUCAAAUCCCCCGCCCGCUGCCCGGAUCCGCCUCGCACCGCGUCGCUUCUUCCGCCAGCCUGGUCCUAGACCGACCGAACGGCCCCCCCGGCCCCGUUGAUGGGUUGAAACCACGGCUGGACUGGUUGAUCUGGACGGUGCGUAACAUCCCCUGCUCAAGCGUCACAACCCCACCCCCCAUCCCACCCCCCGCCUCAUCUCAUCUCAUCUCAUCACUCAAACCACACCACUCUCCGCGGCGCGAGUUCCUCCAGGAGCAGAGUCGGCUAGCGCGCUCUGGUGGCACCCGAGCGGAACUACAUGAAAAUGACGCGCAUCGAGGACAUCCGACCCGGGCCGUGCUUCAUCGAGUACAAAGGAUAUAAAUUUCUCAUCACAGACAGGCCUAACGAUAGGAAUCUGCCAAACUACAUUGCGGAAUUGAAGAAACGCAAUGUAAAAAAUCUAGUUCGUGUGUGUGAGCCAACCUACAAAGCGUCAGACUUGAACGCUGAAGGGAUAAAUGUCUAUGAUCUACCGUACGAUGAUGGCACAUCCCCUCCAAGUCAUGUGAUUGAUAAAUGGUUUGAAACUUUAAAAUUAGCAAAUCGUGAUACCUGCGUGGCUGUGCAUUGUGUAGCAGGCUUAGGCCGAGCUCCUGUCUUAGUCGCUAUUGCGCUCAUCGAACUUGGAAUGAAAUAUGAGGAUGCAGUUGAGCUCAUCAGACAGAACAGAAGAGGGGCAAUCAACUCAAAGCAACUCCAGUUCUUGGAAAAAUACCGUCCAAAGUCCCGUUUGAAGAACGGACACAAAAAUUCCUGCUGUAUCCAGUGAAGGAGCGAGCGCUACCAGCAUAGCAUAACAGGCUUUUUAUAUUUAAUUAAUUUAUUUUUAAUUUUUUUUUUUUAUAAUUUUACCAUUUUCUUCUUAUGAAUUUUAAAUGUUUAUCGUGCAUGAAGGUUUAGUUAUAUCUCAAUCUAAACUGAAAAAAAUCUGUCAGAGCGGUGGAACCCACGCAGCUCUUAUUAUUUGUUGAACGAAUGGUAAGGUUUUGCUUUUUUUUAGCUGUAUGAUUUUAUUUUUAAAAUUAUUUUAGAAUCUAGUAUUCGUCUUUUUUGUAUGAGUGUCGGAAACCGGCAGAAAGAGCAAAAUUUAGGAAAUUGUUGCCCUUGGGCUACUUUGGACUCCUUAGAUGUUCCCUUUCAGGCUUGCGACUGGUGUUUUUUUUUUAAUUUUCUUUUUUUCUUGUGCUUUCAUAACUUCUGAUUAUCCAUAGAUCAAAGUCUUUAUUCGUGUUCAUUUUAAUUCAAAUCAAUUUUUCCAACCUCAUAAUCUCUUGCAAGGAAGGAAGUGAUUGUUGAAUUUUGGGCUAGUCCUGGAAACAAGUUAUGCUCGAAUUUUUACUCACAAAUCAUUAAUAUAUCGAAAGAAAAAAAGUUUAUCGAGUAGAUUAGUCAAAAUCCUUUUCAUUUUAUGUAUCAGUUCUUUGCCAACUCUGCCCAAGGGUGCAGAGUAUCAUCAAUACCCUUAAUUAAUCAUCAAUCUUUAGAAUCAGAGUACAUCCAUCUCACGCACCGAAAGCACUUGAAGCUUAUAAGCCAAAUCAAAUGUUUUUUUCUUAAGUCUUUGCUGCCAAAGUUGUUAAAGCGUUCAGGAAUCUUAGAUGCCAAAGUUUGAAAAAUAUUGAACUGCUUGUAACCGCUCCCGGACCAAUUUUCUUUUCCGGUUAGUAGUCACCACCAUUGCAGGCCUGGCCGGGGAUUUCUUUCUUUCUGCCGGAUAAAGACUGCUCUAUUUCAAUCAUUUCUUGUCCAACCGAAUAAGUAAUAGCAACAGUCUGUGUUAUGCUCCGCAGAGCAAUGGAAGAAAAAGUUGUUUGCGUAAGAAAUUACCUGUACUUAGUUUAAUUUCCUUUUUUUUAAUUUUAAUUUAUUUUGUACUUUUUUUUUCUACGAUUCUCAUAAUUGCAGUAGGAUCUUUACUACAAGAUGGUAAUAGUAUUCACUGCGGUCCUACCUUGUAUUAUCUGAAGUGUACGAUGUGGUUGGAACGUGAAAACAAGCGUACUAGCACAUAGCUAUACACGUGUAUUAUAUUUUUGUAACAUAUUUUGAACGAAGUUGCCAGAUCACAUAGCACAUUCAGGAAUAUCAAAUUUAUGGUUUGUCUGAAAAAUUUUUCCGCUGAACCAUGUUAUCUCCAAUAAAGUCAUUCAAUUGUCUCUUGAUAGCUAAUCUCUAAUCUGAAGCGUCCUGACGUCCAUGUGUUUAUUGCACCUCCUUUCAAAUUAGUAACUCUGCACUUCCAGCAAACCUAGGAAUUUUUUAAUGAUCUGUGUGCGUGCAAAAUCCGACACAGCCGUUGGUUGAGAUUGUGUGCUCAUGAUCAAAGAGGCUCAGUGUCAGAAAGUCGGAACUGUUACUCUUUGGAUUGAACCUAAGCAAACUUAUCAUUACACCACUAAUCAACAUAUCGACUGGUAUUCAAGAAUGAAUGCAAAACGCUCUUCAGAGGCGAGUUUUUGCUGCAUUUGUAGAAUUUUCUGGGUUUAACAUCCUUUUUAUUUUUAAUUAACAGACUGUAACUUUUCUGAAUCUGCUGAAGAAAAAUGAACCAGAACCUUUUUUAUUUUUCUAAUAUUCAUUUUAAAAGAUUAAGUGUUUGAAUCCACCUUUCCUUCAAUCUACUCCUAAUGAUUGACUGUUAGGCAUAUUAGAAGUCUGAAUGCAGGCACAGCAAGCAAUGGUUUUGAAAAACCGCUACUUACUUAGUCUUUAUUGUUUUCUGUGUCAGUUGAGUGCUUAUUUGGCAAAUUGUCAAACAGAAGUUGUCCUGAGUUUAGUUUUCGUCAAUGUAUAAAUUUGGCUUCUCUUAAUAAUUUUUUGCAUGAAUCUUACCAAAAUCUGUGCAUUUUCCACAUAGUUAUCCUGGAAUCAUUCAAGUACUAUUUAUUUUUCAUCCCUUCCCUUUCAUAAUGCACCAGUAAUGAAUGCAAAUUUUUUUUUGGGAAGUAAUUUUCAAGUGAUCAGUCCUCACCCCUAAAUUUCCUUUAAAUAACGGUUUCAAUUUGUCUAUUUUUUCAAUAAAGACCUCUUAAUUUUAUUAUACACUUUGUCACUCCUAGCCCUCUUUGAAUUCCCAGUGCGAACCAAGAAACUGCUCCGCAAACUUAAACCUUGACUACUCCUUCACGUAGUACAUGAGUGGCUGUUUCCCUUUGCUGGUAAAAAAUGUAAAUUUCACUUUCAUCUCAUUUUUUUUUUUUUGGCACAAAUAUCUGGCAGCUCGUACAAUUUCAGUUCAUAAUUUAGGGUCAAUGAAUUCAAUACUUGAAUGUUAAAACCUGCAAUUUGAGCUGAUCCUUCAUUUUUCACCUGUGUCUACCCUCAUCUCAGUGUCAUGUGGCUGCAAGACUAUUCUUCAAAGAUUUUUGAAAUAACUGUAAGAAGUGCGUAGGCAGUGCAAUGAGCAUCAAAACCAUAAUUAUGGCAAGCUUCAAGGGGGGCAAAAUGCUGAACUUCAUUGACGAGGUGUGAGCUUUAACUGAAGCAAGGCAAAUGCCUGCGUUAUGAAGUAAUCCAGAUGUUGGCUGCAUUCUUCCUCAGGUUCAUUAAAGUCAAAACAGAGUGUUUGAUAGCACCAUCUGAACGCCUUUUUUAAAGCGUCACAUUUACAAUUACUCCUCUAUACAAACGGAUUGCAGUCUAAAUCUGGUGGGAUAACUGUACUUAAGUUUGAUUUCUGAACAAAGAUACGCAGGUUUAAGAUACGUUUUAUUUUCACACCCUUCAUUUUUAUCGAUGUUCAACUUUCUGUGCUUUUUCUUAAAAUUUAUUGACGAUCUAGGUCUUUGAAUCUCUUUUGUAUCUCUUUUGAAAAUCUUGAAUUUUAAAUCUUGAAUUUUUUUACUUGUAUGUUCUCAUGAAUCAAGUUCCCUGCCCUCAGAUAUAUUCUCAGCGCAUCUUUGUUUUCCCUGGACAAAUCAAGCUGCAACAUAGCCUAGCCUGGUGAAACAAAGGGUAUAACAAAAUAUUGCGUGACAAGAGCCCUUUUUAACCCUAGUACUAUGUCACGUAAAAACAUUGUAAAAUAAAAGAAAGCAUUGCGCAUCCCACCACCAUGCAGCAUCAGUUGUUUUUUUUCUUUUUAUUAAGUCUCACUCUCUACUCAGGUUGUAUCUGUGACUUGACUUUAACUGCAUUUACAAUUUCUAGUUCUCUGGAACUCGAUUCAUGAUCGCGCUGAAAAAAUUAUCCGUUUAUUUUAACAAUUUGUUUAAUGUACCCAGAAAUUCUCAGAUUUACAAAAUAAACACUUUUGUGUUCAUUGAAACCAA